AUGGCCAUUCUCCACUGCACGUCACUGCCAUUUCUUUCUCUGAGAACCACCAUCAGUUCCUCCAAGUCCACGUUAACCUCAACGAGAAUUCCGUUGUUCCUAGCGAUGAACUCGUUCGCCAAAUCAGAACCCGUGUCAUCCUCAGCCUCUUCAUCAUCAUCAACGUACCAGCAGGUGCCGGAGCAAGAUGCUAAUAACGACUUGGACCGCGUAGCAGACAACACGUUUCGCAGGUACACGUCCAACGUUACCAAGGGGAGUGGCAAAGGAACAGCCAUUGUCUGGUUCAGGAACGAUCUCAGAGUUUUGGAUAACGAGGCUCUCUAUAAGGCAUGGCUUUCCUCCGAAACCGUGUUACCUGUCUAUUGUGUUGAUCCUCGACUCUUUGCCACUACUUAUCAUUUCGGCUUUCCGAAAACCGGUGCAUUGAGAGCGCAAUUUCUCCUUGAAUGCUUGGCUGACUUGAGGAAGAAUUUGAUGAAAAGAGGACUAAAUUUGCUUGUACAACAUGGGAAGCCUGAGGAAAUCCUUCCUUCUCUUGCAAAAUCUUUUCAAGCUCAUACAGUGUAUGCACAGAAAGAAACUUGCAGUGAGGAGCUGAAUGUUGAAAGGUUAGUCAUGAGAGGUCUUAAACAAGUUGUGACAUCACCUGAGGAGUCCAGUGGUAUCACAGUUUCAAACAACAUCCCUAAGCUGCAACUAGUUUGGGGCACCACCAUGUACCACCUUGAUGACCUUCCUUUUGAUGCUACUAGUUUGCCAGAUGUGUAUACUCAAUUUCGUAAGCUUGUUGAAACCAAAUGUACUAUACGCUCAUGCAUCAAACUACCAGCAUCUCUUGGACCACCUCCCACAGUUCAGGAUUGGGGAUGCCUUCCUUCAUUAGAGCAGCUGGGACUUAGCUCACAGAGUGUUAACAAAGGGAUGAAGUUUGUGGGGGGUGAAACUGCAGCAUUGAGCAGAGUAUAUGAAUACUUUUGGAAGAAGGACUUGCUGAGGGUAUAUAAAGAGACCAGGAAUGGGAUGUUGGGGCCUGAUUAUUCUACCAAAUUCUCACCAUGGCUUGCCUCAGGAAGUUUGUCUCCUCGUUUCAUAUAUGAAGAGGUGAAGAGAUAUGAGAAUGAUAGACUAGCAAAUAGUUCUACCUACUGGGUUUUGUUCGAGUUGAUAUGGAGGGAUUACUUUAGGUUUUUGUCAGUGAAAUAUGGGAAUUCGCUUUUCCAUUUAGGUGGUCCUAGGAAAGUUCAGCGCAACUGGAGCCAAGACAAGAAUUUGUUUGAAUCCUGGAGAGAUGGUUGUACUGGGUAUCCUCUGAUAGAUGCCAAUAUGAAAGAAUUAUCAACUACAGGAUUUAUGUCAAAUCGAGGACGGCAGAUUGUGUGUUCAUUUCUUGUUCGUGAUAUGGGCAUUGAUUGGCGCAUGGGAGCAGAAUGGUUUGAGACAUGUCUUUUGGAUUAUGAUCCAUGUUCUAAUUAUGGAAACUGGACUUAUGGAUCAGGAGUUGGGAAUGAUCCCAGAGAAGAUCGUUAUUUCAGCAUCCCAAAACAAGCACAAACGUAUGACCCUGAAGGUGAGUAUGUUGCAUACUGGUUGCCGCAGUUGCGAAAAAUCCCAAAGGAGAAAAGAAACUUUCCUGGAAAUUUAAUAUACAUUCCUCAAAUUGUGCCUCUCAAGUUUGGAACAACUAGUGGACACAAUAAGGACAAGUUCUUUGGUGCAAGAAGAACCAACGAUAGAGGAAGUAAAAGAAGAUAGAACAGGAGAUAAAUUUGAAGAAGAGAAGAAGAAAAAUAUGGCAGCACCAAUGGUGAAGGCCUUCCUCCAAUGGGACGUAGAAUUCUCCUUCUGCAUGGUAGCAUAUUGGUCCUAGGGGCUUUGCUCGGGUGUAUCAAAAAAUACAAUAUGCAUCUUUUUGAAUUUUAGCAUUUCCUAGUUUAAAUUCAUUCUUAUUGAUACUUGUUCUGUUAUGGCUGUUCUAUGUUUCUUAGCUGUAUGAGAAAAAAGGUUUGAAUCCCUGACACUUUAAACAUUAACUUAUGCCAUAAGGUAAAGUGAAAUGACACUUGAAACAUCUUCGUAAAACGUUCCCCAAAA